AUGAAUUUCCUUAGUGAUAUAUAUCAAAAAAGUUUACAUGAAAACGAAAAAAAUAUAAAAUUCUGGGAAGAAUAUUUACAAAAUCUAAACUCUCUCAACUUCGAAAUCUAUUCUGAUAAGUUAUCAGUGCCAAUAUUAGUACCUAUUGGAAAUAGAAUACUAUUUAGAGGAGCAUUAAAACACACUAACGAAGUUACCGUAGCUUUAGGCGCGGAUUAUUUUGCUAAAUGUUCUAUAAAACAGGCUGAGGUACUGAGGCAGCACAGAAUUAAAGAUGCAAAAUCAAAACUUGAAGAAUAUAACAAAGAGAAAGAAUAUCUUGAAAAUCAAUUAUCUUUUGGAAAACAAAAUGUGUAUGGUAAUACUGGUCAAGAUAUUAUUGAGGUUUGUACCGAAGAAGAAGAUAAAGCUUGGAGGGAACAACACAGGGAGAGACUGAAACAAUAUCAUCGGAGUGACGAUAAGAAGAAAGAAAAUAUACAUAAAGAUGUCUCCGAUGAAGAACUGUGGAUGAGGCUGGAGGAGUUGGAACUACAGGAGGAAAUGCAAAAUGAAAUGCAACACUUAGAUACCAUAGAAGAAACCAAUAAUUAUGAAUCAGAAUUUGAUUCUUGUGUCAUCAAAGAAUCUGAUGUUAAAGACGCCACAGCUGAAAGUACAGAAUUAGGAGCGAGAAUAACUCAUAAUGUACCAAAACAAACUUCGAAAACAGAUUUGUUACAGCAAGUUCUUGAUAGACAGGAAAUGCUUUCAACUGAACUGACUGAACUCAAGAAUAGGGAACGGCCGGAAACUACUACCCAGAGUGAGUUACUGUCGAGAUUAGACGAAAUUGAGAUGCUGGAUGACCUUGAGGAUGAAAUAGAUAGAAUAGAUGAUAUAUUAGAAACUGCGGAAGAUGAAGACUCCAUAAGAAGUGACACAUCCAAAUCAAGUAAAAGUGUGGCCUUCGCUGACGAAGACGAUGGAGAGACAUUGGAAUUAACGUUCACACAUACAGAUGUGGAACCAGAUACAACACCGUACAAUCCAGAAAAUGGCAUCGUAAAACCGAGGGAUGUCUAUGCAGCUUAUGCAAACCUAUUCAAUAAUGGAACUACAUCAAUAUUACGAAAAUCUAAAUAUAUAGAUAAACCAGUUAAUAUUACAAAAGAAGAAACAACACAAGCAGUGAAAAAGAAUGGUAUAACAGAUACAGACAGACAAGAAAUUGUUGUGAAGGAUGUUAUUGAGAAAUCAGAUUCACAAGAAAAUGUAACAGCCAGUGCGAGGCCGACCAGCCUCUUCAAACAGAAGAGACAACAAAAGACAUAA